AUGUUCUUUUGGCUAUUCCAGUCAGAGCAGCCGGCAUACGAUGACAAUUUGAUCAUUUGGUUCAAUGGCGGCCCUGGCUGCUCAUCCUUGAUAGGUCUGACGACCGGGAAUGGACCUAUUUCUUUCGAUGGCAAUUCAACUCGCUUCGUUCGCAAUCCGCACUCGUGGACGCAGCUGGGUAAUGUGCUUUACGUGGAUCAGCCCGUUGGCACUGGGUACUCCACGGCCAGCUUCCCCUACCCGGUUAAGAACAAUGGCCGGGUAACGACAGACUUUACGCAAUGGCUGCGUGGCUUCUUCGAAUACUUCCCGCAUCUGAAGGCAAAACAGAUCCAUCUGAUGGGAGAGUCUUAUGCAGGAAUAUACAUACCUUAUUUUGCAUCAGAGCUGCUCGAGGGCAACAGUUCCUUGCCUCUCAACGUCCGUUCAAUGUCUCUCGGUGAUGGAUCUUGGGGAAAUGGAGCUGCCAUGGCAUCCGUUGCAAUGGGAAAAUAUCUCAGAUCGCAGCUAGGCCUCCUUCAAAUCCCUGAAGACGUCCUGUCUGUCUUUGACGAAGCAGACAAAACCUGCGGCUUCAACGACGUGCUCGCAAAAUCCGAUAUAUAUCCUCCCCAAGCUAAAUUCCAUAUUCCCGGAAACCCAGAGUACUUCAAUCACCGGCGUCGGGACCUGACGAAUGCCGUCAAUGCUGCAUGCGACAUCUCACCCACAACCGCAGAGGAAGUCCGCUCCUCAAUUUUCAACUCAACCUGCUACGGUCCCUGCGCCGCCUUCUCUACAGCAAGUGACUAUCUAACAGCCGUCUCCACCAACCGCACAACCCGCGGAUGUUUCGACAUCUACGACAUCUCCCACGACUGCAGCGCCGUUUCGGAGCUUCCACUAAUGGCAGAGUACUUCAGCCGCGCAGAUGUCCAGGCCGCUCUCCAUGUUGAUAACAGCGGACUCUACAGUGCCUGUAACUCCACAAUCCUAGGCACGCUCCUUUCGGUACCCUCUCCCAUGCCCCCAGAGUACUUCAUCCUCCCGUCCCUGGUUACCAACCACAACGUCUCACUCCAUAUCUACUCCGGUGAGUGGGAUAUGUUGAUCAACCACUUUGGCGCGGAAUUGUCGUUGCAGAAUAUGACGUGGCGCGGUGCGCAGGGCUUCGCGCAGAAGCCGAAGAUGCCAUUCUUUGCUGAUAAUGCUGCGCCAUCGGCGACCAAACAGCUUCUGUUAGAGCAUACAUCCGUGGCUACCACGCUCUCGGCGGCCACUCCCACUGCUACUGCUGCGGGUACUUGGACUAUGGAGCGUGGUGUCUCUUAUCAUUUCUUCCGUGGGGCUGGUCACAGUGUUUUUGUAAACAAGCCACGGGAGAUGUUUUCCUUUGUGAGGGAUAUGGUUGUUGCCCCAAGAGCUGGUUGA